CACCCCCGUUCAAAAAAAAAUCUGUUGUGGAGUUUACGCCAUAUUUCGUUGCUGCCCCAUGGUUUAUGCUGCACGGUUUAAAUGAUCAACGUCUUCAAACGAGUUUGUAUUUGAAUUUAAACUGCAGUUUGGGGACCGCGGAAAGGAAGUUCUGUUUUUGUGUGGUCAUACCUACCUGCUCGUGCUUGCCUUGCUCGCAUUACAAUGGUUGCGUCCUGUAUUGACGUUUGCCUGGGUCCAUCAUCGCUGUGGUGCUGAAAAGAAACGAACCUGUGCGGCCGAAACGAACCUGUGCGGCCGUAGCGAGUAUAUGCUGCUGCGAAGGAUGAGGAGGUUUCUGUGGAUCUGCAGCGGUUGAAUUGCACCACCUCGCCCACUUAUUGCUGUGUUCUUGAUUUUAUCCCUCAAAACCUGGACUCUACCGGCGCAGUUUAUGAAGACCCAGUGUGGACAGUAAUGACCUCACCCUUCCAGUUGCCAGCUGGCAGUAACUACAAUGAACGAGCAUCAGAGCUGGCACAAGACAGGCAGCACACAGAGGUGGUCUGUAAUGUUCUUCUGCUGGAUAACACAGUUCAAGCCUUCAAAGUUAACAAGCACGAUCAAGGACAGGUCCUGCUGGAUGUAGUGUUCAAGCACCUGGAGCUGACGGAGAGCGACUACUUCGGCCUACAGCUGGCCAACGACUCCUCAGACAGUCAGAGGUGGCUGGAUCCAACCAAACCCAUAAGAAAGCAGUUAAAAAGGGGGUCUCCACACAGUUUAAAUUUUAGGGUUAAAUUCUUUGUAACCGACCCCAAUAAACUUCAGGAGGAGUACACAAGGUACCAGUACUUUUUGCAGGUUAAACAGGACAUACUUAGUGGAAGGCUGCCGUGUCCGUACAUCACAGCCACUCUUCUUGCUUCAUACGCCGUUCAGUCUGAGCUAGGGGACUACAGUCAGAACGAGAACUUGCCCGGCUACCUCUCCGAAUACUCUUUCAUCCCCAACGCACCACAAGACUUUGAGAAAGAGAUUGCCAAACAGCAUCAGCAACACAAGGGACUGCCUCCUGCCCAGUCAGAGUUCAAUUAUCUAAACACAGCACGGACGCUAGAGCUCUAUGGAGUCGAAUUGCACUAUGCAAGGGAUCAAAGCAACACAGAGAUUUUAAUCGGAGUGAUGUCAACUGGGAUUGUCACCUAUAAGAACAGGGUACGAAUCAACUGCUUUCCAUGGCUACAGAUUGUAAAGAUCUCGUUUAAAUGUCGACAGUUUUUCAUUCAACUCCGAAGAGAAUUGAAUGAGAGCCGUGAGGCGCUGUUAGCCUUUAACAUGGUGAACUACCGAGCCUGUAAGAACCUAUGGAAGGCCUGUGUAGAGCACCACACCUUCUUCAGACUAGACCGACCCUUACCACCACAGAAGAACUUCUUUGCACAUGUCUUCCAACUGGGCUCCAAGUACCGCUACUGUGGUAGGACAGAGGUGCAGUCUGUCCAGUACGGCAAGGAGAAGGGCAUCAAGGACAGGGUGUUCGCCAGGUCUCCCAGUAAGCCCUUGGUGAGGAGGCCGAUGGGUGGAGGGAUGGACUGGGAGUCAGUCAGCCGGAACUCCAGAGCCUCUCUGUCUGACGACCGCCUGGAGACCCAGAGCCUCCCCACACGCUCCCCACCAGGCACCCCCAACCACAGGAACUCCAAGUUUGCACAAGAGCGCCUGCGGCCGUCCUCCGUGGGACACCUGCUGGAUCAUGUGAUCUACUACGACCAUGCCUCGCCCUGCCCGACCUUCACCAAUCACAAGUCGGCCUCCUCAACCCAGGCCAACUCCAUCAGCCUGGAUUCUACCCCGUCACCAGACUCGGCUGUCGACGGCCAGCCGCCCGCUCUUCCCCCUAAGCAGACCAGGAGGCCUCUGUCCAGCCAGUCCCAGUCCCACUCUCAGCAGGAGUUGGACAACCACAUCAAUGAGCUGUACGACACGCCUCUGUCAGAAGACAAGACUAUGCCCAAUGGAGUGCUUCCUCAUGACAAUCUGGUGUUCAUUAAAAUGUGCCCCGAUGAACAAGGACGAUUUGGAUUCAAUGUGAAGGGUGGGCUGGACCAGAAGAUGCCUGUGAUCGUGUCCCGAGUGGCCCCGGGAACAGCGGCUGACCUGUGUGUUCCCCGGCUGAACGAGGGGGACCAGGUUGUCCUGAUCAACGGUCAGGACAUCUCAGAGCACACCCACGACCAGGUGGUCAUGUUCAUCAAGGCCAGCUGUGAGGAGAGCGACUCAGGAGAGCUGAACCUGCUGGUCAGACCCAACGCCAUGUAUGACCUGGUGGAGGAGGAGAAGCUGGAGGAUGGAGAUACGGAGUCUAACUACCAGUACUCCCCAGAGAGGGCUCCCCAGGACCAGCCUCAGGACCAGCCCCAGCCAGACCACCACCCAUCCUGCUGGAGAGACUCCAUACUACAGCUGAAAGAAGGCUUGAGCACUGGGGCCGUACAGCAACAGUUUGAUCAACUCUACCGGAAAAGGCCUGGAUUGACAAUGUCAUGUGCCAAAUUACCUCAGAACAUUUCCAAAAAUCGAUAUCGAGACAUUUCGCCAUAUGAUGCAACCAGGGUUAUUCUGAAGGGCGAGGAUGGGGACUAUAUUAAUGCAAAUUACAUCAAUAUGGUGAUCCCAGCGGCCAGUGCUGUAAACCGCUACAUCGCGUGCCAGGGCCCGCUGCCCGCCACCUGCUCUGACUUCUGGAGGAUGACUUGGGAACAGGGCUCCAACAUGGUGGUCAUGCUCACCACGCAGGUGGAGAGAGGACGGGUGAAGUGUCAUCAGUAUUGGCCCAACUCUGGUGCCAUCGCUACCCAUGGGGACUUCCAGGUCUCCUGUGUGACAGAAGAAGAGAAAUCAGCAUUUCUUGUCAGAGAGAUAACUCUCACACACCUGGAGAGUGAAGAGAGCAGGCCCCUGACUCAGAUUCAGUACAUGGCCUGGCCUGACCACGGUGUUCCAGACGACUACACUGACUUCCUGGACUUUGUCAGUCUGGUCCGCACAAAGAGGGAGGGCAAGGAGGAGCCGGUGAUAGUACACUGCAGCGCUGGGAUUGGUCGGACUGGGGUGCUCAUCACCAUGGAAACAGCCAUGUGUUUGAUUGAGUGCAAUCAGCCCGUGUAUCCGUUGGAUAUCGUGAGGACAAUGAGAGACCAGAGGGCCAUGAUGAUCCAGACCCCGAGCCAGUACAGGUUUGUCUGUGAGGCGAUCCUCAAGGUGUACGAGGAGGAGCUGGUCAAACCCCUGACGCCCACAAAGCUCCUGACACCCAUAGAGUCUCUGACGCCUACAAAGCCCUUGACGACCUUAGAGCCCCUGACACCCACAAAGCCCCUGACACCUGUAGAGUCUCUGACGUCUACAAAGCCCUUGACGACCUUAGAGACACCCCCUGACACCCACAAAGCCCCUGACACCCGUAGAGUCUCUGACGUCUACAAAGCCCUUGACGACCUUAGAGCCCCUGACACCCACAAAGCCCUGACACCCGUAGAGUCUCUGACGCCUACAAAGCCCUUGACGACCUUAGAGCCCCUGACACCCACAAAGCCCCUGACACCUGUAGAGUCUCUGACGCCUACAAAGCCCUUGACGACCUUAGAGCCCCUGACACCCACAAAGCCCCUGACACCCGUAGAGUCUCUGACGUCUACAAAGCCCUUGACGACCUUAGAGCCCCUGACACCCACAAAGCCCCUGACACCCGUAGAGCCCCUGACACCCACAAAGCCCUUGACGACCUUAGAGCCCCUGACACCCACAAAGCCCCUGACACCCAUAGAGUCUCUGACGCCUACAAAGCCCUUGACAACCUUAGAGCCCCUGACACCCGUAGAGCCCCUGACACCCACAAAGCCCUUGACGACCUUAGAGCCCCUGACACCCACAAAGCCCCUGACACCCGUAGAGCCCCUGACACCCACAAAGCCAGAGGUAGAGACAGAGACAGAGUCGGCUUUAGACCUCCUGGGACUGACUGACUGACUAACUGAUUGACUGACAUACGGCUGCAUGGGCCUAAGCACCACCCUCUUCUUCCACAGCCUGUCUGUCUGUCUCCCAUUGUCUCAGUCACAAUAGUUUCUUCCCACAUCUUGAGUCUGGCAAGAGAAACUAGUCACAACCAUGGAGACAACUACCGACAACCACUCAAACUGGCCUGGGAGGGGAAACAAAGCACUGUUGCACUGUUGCACUUUAUGACGACAAAACGUGAUACUUUGGAGAAUUAACGAAAGAAGAAAAAAAAGAGCAGAAGUUACGAUGAUCAACUGGAAUUUGGGAUGUAAGCAAGUGUGCCGGAUCAAGAGAGAAGUGAGAAACAGAACAGUAGCUGGGUCGGAUUAUAUUGCUGUAGUGUCAUUACUUUCAGACAAACCUUCAUAAUGAACAGGACAACUCAAUGGAAAGUGGACUGACAUUUGUUUUCAGCCCGUCAGUGCGCCAUCACCAAGUGUCAUAUCAGUGGUUUCUUCACAGACUAGUCUUUCUGUCCUUGAUUACUCCAUAGACUUAAGAGUCAAUUUUCUUUUUUAAGUCAAAAACUAUUCGUCGUCAACUGAAGAUCCGUUCAGAAGUGGGUUGACCCUCUAUGUAAGGUCCUGGUAAAGCGCUCUGACUUCUACUCUAUGGUACUACUCAUCAUCUCGUUAUUCCCCUCAUUUGAGGCUAUAGGUUGUCUGAUUGUUUCGAUCAGAUGGGUACCUUUUUGAGCUUUUAUUUUUAUUAGUCUGCAGAUUGGAAUCAUCUCCCGUGCAAGUUAUUACAGCUCCAAGUCCUUUGUGAAGGUGUUCCAAACCAAGGUAAAGGCAGGGUAGGUUAGGUUAGGUGCAAUGGAUGCUGCUGAGGGGAGGACGGCUCAUAAUAAUGGCUGGAGUGCAGUCACUGGCAUGGUAUCCACCACAUGGAAAACCACAUGUUUGAUACCAUUCCGUUGACUCUAUUCCAGUCGUUGUUAUGAGCCGUCCUCCACUCAGCAGCCUCCACUGGUUAGGAGAGGCAUCCCGCCUCCUUUACCAUCUCAUUAGCUGAUUACCUGUCAUUGAGCUCGGCACUACGUGGUGGUGUUGUUGCUGUUUUUUUUUUUUUUUGAGGCAGCUAUUCAACUUUGAUUCAAGAUGGCUCAUCAUGUGAUGUUACAUCGGUCUCUCCAAGAUACUAUACGACUAGCCCAAAUCUGGGUAGUAUUUUUAUGCUGGUUUUGUUAUUGCUUGUAACAGAAUGAUCUUGCCAUGCUGGAUUGGGUUGGUACAGUACCUAGGUGGUUUAUCAAGUGUCAUUGCAUCAGAUUUUGAAAUUGAAUAUGAGGUAUUCAGAGCUCUCUGAAUAAGAGUAUUGUGGGUUUUGGUACCAUGGUACUGUACAUCAGGAUUUUAGGCUGUUGGUGUACAGUACAUACAGACGGUACAUACAUUACAUAAAAAGACUGAGCUUUCAGGACCAAUAGGUUUUUAGCCUUGUGAGUAAAAAGAAAUGUUUUCAAAUUAACCAGGCUCAAGCUAUAGAUUUGCUUCUGAUAUUUUUUCUAAGAGACCCUUUUUGCUUCUUGGGAAUGGACAGCACUUUUCAACUGAACGUGUAGCAUAUUUGCUGCUAUGCAUGAUUAGACCCCCCCCAAAAUUAUUUUGGAAUUGUAUAUAAUUGUAUCAAUUUUUGUUGGAUAUAGACACCACUAUAGGACAUGUAAGCUAUAUGGUGCCAUCUAGAUUUGUGUAAUGUAACUAGUGUAAAUGUACUAUGUUAUAAAUGAAUGCUUAAUGAAAUUAAAAUAAUGUGAGACAAAGUUAUUUUUAUAAGAACAGAAAAGUUCAAAACUUUUCCACUGUAAAGUUCUUCUGGAUUUAGAAAGUAUUGUUAUGGGAAAGCAUUGCAAUAGAUGUAUGCUGUGUAAAAGUCCUCUCCUUAAGUCCAGUGGGAGCGGGAAGAGUUGGGACGGGCAACAUGAAGCUCUGUACAAUGACAAACAGAUUAAUUCAUCACCAUUAAUACUGUUGUUUUUUUGACAAUUGAAACCCACAUAGUGGUUUUCUUCCCAUGAUUUCUGUUUGAAUCAAUAGAUGUGAUUGUGAUUUUGAAAUCAGAAAGCUGGCUUGGUUGGCUUGGUCAAACAUGUUGCUGAUACUUCUGCAGUGGGUUUACGCAGUACCUCGCUGACAAUGUUUACAAUGGUUCGUGAGUUAGUUUUGUGAUUUAAAAAGGAUGUGUAUCUACUGAAAGUCUGUGUGUUUACAAAAGCUGUUGUGCGGUGGGGAACUUUGGCCCAAUCAGAUCGCUCACCCUCUGCGUCCCAAAUGGCACCCUAUUCCCUAUGUAGUGCACUACUUUUGACUGGGCUCUGGCCCAAAGUUGUGCACUAGAUAGGGAGCCAUUUGGGACUUAGACAGUGUCUAUCACUUCACCAUGAAAUAGACUGAGGCACUGGAAUGUUUAUUUUACCAGGUCGUCCCAUUCAAGGUCCAACACCUCUUUUUCAAGGGAAACCUUGAUCAUAUGUUUGGUUUAUAAUGCGCAAUGCUUUUCUACCUGAUCAUCGUCAUCAUCACUUAGUAAUAGUACAACAUUCUGCACAACUGUGAUGUAAAUAUAAGCUUCAUCUGUGAAGUAGUGAAAUAUAUUUCAAGAUCAAUCAGGACGAUGUACAAAUGUAAUGUUUGUGGUGAAGCUGUACAGAAAUUGAAUGUAUCCAUAUCAGUCUUUUAGUUGCUCGAAAACGUAAGGGAUGUACAAUUUGACUUUUGAGGUGAAAUAUUUUUCAUACUACUGUGCUUGUAAAUGCAGGUAAAUAUCAGAUUCUCAAUUGUGUCUCAAUGGGCUCUGCCUGGUCUGCGACAUGCUCUGUGUUUUUGUUGUAAAUAGGAGCCAUAUCAUGUCAGUGAAGUGCCAAUGUACUGUAAGUAAAGUCUAAUUUCUCCUGUA